AUGCAGCAAGGGAACUUACCAAGAGGUCACCUAAAGCAUUUAUCAGUUAAUUUCAAUGUGCAUAAAUCAACCAUCACAAGAAUUUUUGCAGACAUAAAGAAACAGAUGGCACAGGGCAGUUUGAUUGAUGUCAGGACCAAAAAAUUUGGCAGAGUAUGCAGAAAGCCAAAGGAAUUUUCUGAUGAAUUCCUACAAUCAGUCCCUAUGCAUUUAAGGCAGACAGAGAGGAGUUAUGCAGUAGCAUUAAAAAUCUCCCAUGUGACCCUUCACAAUUUGAAGAAAAAGGGAAGGUUAAGAACACACACAAGUAGCAACAAGCCUGCAUUGACAUCAGACCACAAGGUAGCAAGACUUAAAUGGAUUUUGUCACACAUAAAUCCGGUAACAAGUAAUGAGGACCCCACAUUUGUUGAUAUGAACCAUGUCAUACACAUGGAUGAGAAAUGGUUCUAUCUGAACCCAGACAAGAGGAGGUUUUACCUCCUACCUAGUGAGGAAGAUCCAUAUAGGCCAAUACAGUCCAAAAGAUUCAAGCUCAAAGCAAUGUUUAUGGGCUUAAUUGGGAAGCCAUUGUAUGACACAAAUGGGGGACUACUCCAUGAUGGGAAAUAUGGAAUGUUCCCAUUCACUGUCAAACAACUAGCAAGGAAAUCCAGUAAAAACAGAGUGGCUGGAACAUGGGAAACAAAGGCAAUACAAAAUGUAAACAGAGAGACAAUCAGAGACAUGUUGGUGACAAAUGUCAUACCAGCAAUUAUUUCAAAGUGGUCUGACUUUGUACCAAAAAAUAUUGUACUCCAAUGGGAUAAUGCAAGGCCUCACCAAGUUCCAACUGAUGCAGAGUUUAUGGCAGCAACAACAGCUCAUGGAUUUAACAUUCAAUUUGUUUUCCAACCGGCACAGUCCCCAUAUUUGAAUGUGCUUGAAUCUUUGCAAUAUCAGUCUUUUCCAAACAACCUAGAUGAGCUAGUUACAAAAGUGCAGGAAUCUUAUGAGGCAUUCAAUCCUCAAGUCAACAAGUACAUUUGGUUGAGUUUGCAAAAGUGCAUGAUUGAGAUCCUGAAGGUAGAAGGUGGGAACAAGUACAAAAUACCCCACAUGAACAAGAAAAAACUGGAAAACCUUGGAGAGUUGCCAGAUCAUGUACCAGUGCAGAAGGAAAUUGUUUUGGAGGCAGUGGAGUACCUAAACACUAUGUUUAGGCCAGUAAAUCAAGGGACUGAACAAGGAACAUAA